GAUGCUUUUAAAGGAACAUCAACAUUACAAGUGUGUGAGGUUUUAUUCUCUGAGAUCAUAAACGGAAAUAGCCGAUUGGAUAUACCAAAGCGCUUUACCGAAUAAUUCGCAAGAUCUGCCGACCAUGGCUGCUGCAGCUGCCUUCAAGGACCGACAAUUUCUAGCGGUGAUUGGAGACGAAGAUUCCGUCACCGGUCUUCUGCUUGCGGGCAUCGGCCAUGUCACUGAACCCCCCGACUCGCAACGGAACUUCCUCGUCGUUGACUCCAAGACCGAAACGUCAACAAUCGAAAAAGCAUUCCAAAACUUCACGCAGGAAAGGAAAGAUAUUGGUGUUUUAUUGAUUAAUCAACAUAUUGCCGAACGUAUCAGGCCAUCCGUCGAUUCAUUCACAGAAGCAUUUCCGGCAGUCCUCGAGAUCCCCAGUAAGGAUCAUCCGUAUGACCCCGAGAAAGAUAGUGUGUUGCGACGCGUGAGGAGGUUAUUUGGCGAGUAAAUAAAUCACUGGAUUGUAUUGUCGUGCUGUUUUCCUUUCUUCUUUUGCGAUUGUGGUUAGUACAUGCUGCUGUGAUUCCGUCGGCGUUGUGCGUCUGUCAUUUCUUCUGUUUUCCCUCCAUCUGAUAUAUAGAUUUGGUCGAAGUAUAUAUGUGAAUAUGGACCGUGCGAUUCAAUGGAUA